GGAACGUUCGUGGCGGCUGCGCGGGUCCGCCGGACGGCGCCUGGAGGGACGAAGACACGUCCUGGGCAAGAUGGCGGCUGCCAUGGUGGGCUCACGUGGGGAGACAGAAGCCGGCGGCACUGAGACGGAGGAAAGCGACGGUGGCUCUGAAUGGAGCUCCGGUAUACCAGAGGACAGCUUCUCAUCUGGGGAUGAAGAACUAGAUGGUGAUGAUGAAGAUGAGCCAAAGACCGUGGAGACCGAAGCUCAAGAUGCAGCUGAAUCGAAAGAGACAGGCAAUGCUGGUUGGGCUGAUGCCAUGGCCAAAGUGCUUAAUAAAAAGGUUCCCACGAGCAAGCCCACCAUAUUGAUUAAAAAUAAGGCACGAGAUGCAGAACGAGAAAAGGAAAAACAAGAGAGACUGGAGAGGAGGAAGCAGCUUGAUAAAAAGCGGGAGUGGGAAAUGAUGUGCAGAGUGAAGCCAGAUGUUGCCAAAGACAGAGAACCGGAGAGAAACCUUCAGAGAAUUGCCACGAGGGGCGUUGUUCAGUUAUUCAAUGCCGUCAGGAAGCAUCAAAAAAACGUUGACGAGAAAGUGAAAGAAGCAGGAGUUUCGAAUAGAAAACGUGCUAAGCUGAUCUCCUCUGUUUCAAAGAAAGACUUUAUCAAUGUACUGAGAGGAAUGGAAGGAACAGAAGUAGAGCAAAAUUCUUCCAGGAAGUCUUUGAAAAGCACCCAGGUUGAAUCUAAAUCAGAAGAAGGGCCAGCAUGGAGUAUUUUGCGAGACGACUUCAUGAUGGGAGCCUCAAUGAAAGACUGGGAUAAAGAGAGUGAUGGGGAAAAUGAUGCUGGACAAGAAAAUGACAUCAAGCAGGACAGUGGAAGCAGCUCAGACUGAUGAAGUCUAAAGGGUUCCAAAAUCUAUAUUUUUGUGAAAUGUAUAGGAUAUUUAGUUCAAGAAGGAGAUGCAUUUUAUACAAAAAUGAAGACCUUUUUAAAACUCGAAAAACUCAUUUUAACAAAGUAGUGCCUAAUGGUUCUAACAACUGCAGUAGUUUGUCACCAAACCUGUCUUAAUUUUUUGCAUAUUUUCACAAUACUUUGUACAGCCAAAGUAGUGGCAUCGGUCCAAAUGGAAAGGAGAGGAUUUGUAAAAGAGGUUAAAAGUUUAAAUAUUGAUUAACAUUGCUGUAACAUUAUGCUUUGUUUUUUCCUAAAUAUUGGAAUUUGGCUAUGUUUUACUACUGCAUCAAAUAAAUAGCAGGAUAUAUUUAUCAUGUAAAAA